AUGCGCGUAAAAGAUUUGGUCACAGUUCUAUUGGCGUUAAUAUCGUCAUCUUCUUGCAGCCCAACACGUCGUCUCCCUUGGAAUCCUCGGCUGCAUGGUGUCGCGGGCUUUAGAAAUUGCACGACCUCCACCCCAACCCAAGUAUCUGUCAUUAAUUCAGUUGUGGUGACUCUAACAAUCCCUCCUCCUUCGGUUCCCUCAACCACUCGUGGCAGUGAUGCGAAGGCUACCGUCUGCUUGGAGUUUGUGGAUUCUGGUGGAAGCGGAGCUCCGAGAGUGGUUCUUUGCUCCCCAACAACGCAAUCGACGGCUUUUCUAACGACGUCUGGAAUCCGUGGAUCUGGCGGCGUUGGAGCGACGGGUUAUCCAGCAAUCAUCUCGAUCAGCGAUGGGACGGCUUCUCCCGAAGUGGAAUCAACCCACAGACCGAUGCUUUCAUCGAUCGCUGGAAAGAAUGGCACUCGUCCGUCAAUUACGGGAACUGGUGCAUUUUCCACCACCUUCGUCCGCACGACUGUCACAAAACGGCCAUGUCUUAGCUCAUCGACUUCAAGCCCUGCUCCUCCACCCAACGUACCUAUAACAAUCAGCUUCCCCGGGUCCGACCCUCCCGAGAGUGCAGACAGUACAACGAUGCACCUUUCCAAUGUCACAUUGUUCACCAUGUCGGGAACUCCAUCUCCUUCGCCUACCACAAGUACAACUUCCUCCUUAUCUUCUCCCUCGACCCCUUCGAUACCCCCAAAUCCCCCCAGUGCCUCACCUAAAUCGGACAUCCCACUGGGUUCUGCACCCACAUCCGCCCCACCACCCCCACAGAUUAGUAUAAUACCCGUCACCACGACACAAAGCCAGCCAGAGUCUGGGCCAAUCACACUUAUACCCAUCGACCCAUGA